UUCAUGGAUAAAAGGAGCACGGCAUGGUGCUGGGCGAUACCAACAGAUCUGCUGUCGCGCAAAGCCACGGAGAAACUAUGAAGUCCUUGAUGGGCGAGGAGCGCGCGCGAGAGACAGGUGCAAGUGUGGAAACCUCUAACGGCAUGAUGAUUUCCGAGGUCCUUAUCCCUCGCCUAUUCAAAAUUGCGCACGAGUCUAGAGAGGUGGCAGUGGCUGCGGGCUCCGGAUCCUUGGAAAUGAAGCCCUCCAGCUCCCCGAUCCUUCUGGAGAUGAUUGAGGUGGCGAACGGCACGCGAUGCGCGGAGCAGAUCCUCAGCUACGGAGAGGUCGAGAAGGUGCUGAUCGGUGGAGUGCUGACCAUGCUGACGCUCAUCACCAUCUGCGGGAACCUGCUCGUGGUCAUCUCCGUGUGUUUCGUGAAAAAGCUACGGCAGCCCUCCAACUAUCUCAUCGUGUCCCUCGCGCUUGCGGACCUCUCCGUUGCGCUCGCGGUGAUGCCGUUCGUCAGCAUCACGGACCUGAUCGGUGGCCGCUGGAUUUUUGGCAAGUUCUUCUGUAACGUGUUUAUAGCCAUGGAUGUGAUGUGCUGCACCGCGUCCAUCAUGACCCUCUGCGUUAUUAGCAUAGACCGGUACCUUGGCAUCACCAGACCCCUAACUUACCCAGUGAGGCAGAACGGCUGGUGUAUGGCCAAAAUGGUGCUCUCUGUAUGGCUGCUUUCUGCAUCAAUCACCUUGCCGCCGCUCUUUGGCUGGGCGCAGAACGUGAACGAUGACCGCGUGUGUCUGAUCAGCCAGGACUUUGGCUACACCAUUUACUCUACAGCUGUUGCGUUUUACAUCCCCAUGACUGUCAUGCUGGUCAUGUAUUACCGCAUCUACCGUGCCGCCAAGCUCAGCGCUGCCAAACACAACAUCACUGGCUUCCCUCGUGCGGGACAGGAGGAGGAAGAGGAGGAUGAGGUGGAAGGGGCAGAGGGGGCGGAAGAACACGUGGAAGUGGAUUGCGUAACCAUUGCAAUCAAGCUGCAGAGGGAAGUGGAAGAGUGUGCGCGUCUGCCUCGACUCCUGCGAGGAGUCGGCAGGAGAAGCUCGGACCGCAGGAGCAUCUCCAUAUUCAAGCGGGAACAGAAGGCGGCGGCCACGCUCGGGAUUGUGGUAGGAGCGUUCACCGUCUGCUGGCUUCCAUUCUUUCUCCUCUCCACGGCCCGCCCCUUCAUCUGCGGGACAGAGUGUAGCUGCAUCCCGCUGUGGGUGGAGAGAACGCUGUUGUGGCUGGGCUACGCCAACUCACUCAUCAACCCCUUCAUCUACGCUUUCUUUAACCGCGACCUGCGCAUCACCUACCGAAGCCUGCUCAGCUGCCGUUACCGCAAUAUUAACCGCAGACUGUCGGCCGCCGGCAUGCAUGAGGCCCUACGCCUGGUGGAAAGACCGGAGGUGGUUGUCUCUGGGUGACCCGAACUGUGCACAUGACAUACAAAGUUUGGAGGUCAACAUUUGCACAGGAACUCACAAGCCUAAAUGGUCAUGAUGGCAUUAAGGAUUGUGUUAUGUUUGGACAGUACCUACACAGUCCAAAACAGUGGUCAAAUUAGACCAAGGUGUGCAUUAUGGUCAAUGCAAUUGCAUUUUCUCAUCUUUACUGACAUAGGAACACAAUCACCGGCUUUCCUUUAGUAGAACAAGAGAGAAAAAUGCAUAUAGCUGAUGUAUCACAUAAAGUCCAGCUUC